GCGCGGGCGGGGGGCUCCGCGCGGCGGCCACCGCGCGAGGCGACGCUGCAGCUUCCGCUCCAGGUCCGCAUCAGGCGCUCCAGGGAGCGCGCGCGCGCGCGCGAGGGGCCGUGCGGGGUCCCGGGCCCCGGCCGCCACAGUCCCCGCGCGCCCCAGUGCACACCUGUCACGCCCGGCGCGUCCCCGGCUCACACGCGCGCGGCCCACGCAGCUCCGGACGCGGGAGGCCCAGGCUGCGGAGUUCCUACCGCCCCGUGGCGCCGAGGGGCGGUGCGCCUAGGCAGCCGCGUGGGUGGCCGAGGUGGUGGCAGGCGGCUGUGCGCGGCGGUCGCAGGUGCAUCUCCGGCGGACAUGUUGCUGCUCAAGAAACAGACGGAGGACAUCAGCAGUGUCUAUGAGAUCCGGGAGAAGCUGGGCUCGGGUGCAUUCUCCGAGGUGGUGCUGGCUCAGGAGCGGGGCUCCUCACACCUUGUUGCUCUCAAGUGCAUCCCUAAGAAGGCCCUUCGAGGCAAGGAGGCCCUGGUGGAGAAUGAAAUUGCGGUGCUCCGCAGGGUCAGCCACCCCAACAUCGUGGCCCUGGAGGAUGUCCACGAGAGCCCUUCCCACCUCUACCUGGCCAUGGAGCUGGUGACAGGGGGUGAGCUAUUUGACCGCAUCAUGGAGCGUGGCUCCUACACAGAGAAGGAUGCCAGCCACCUGGUCGGCCAGGUCCUCGGCGCUGUCUCCUACCUACACAGCUUGGGCAUCGUGCACCGAGACCUCAAGCCUGAAAAUCUCCUAUAUGCCACGCCGUUCGAGGACUCCAAGAUCAUGGUCUCCGACUUUGGCCUCUCCAAAAUCCAGGCUGGCAACAUGCUGGGCACUGCCUGUGGGACCCCAGGUUAUGUGGCCCCGGAGCUCUUGGAACAGAAACCCUACGGGAAGGCUGUAGAUGUGUGGGCCCUGGGUGUCAUCUCCUACAUUCUGCUGUGUGGGUACCCCCCCUUCUACGACGAGAGCGACCCCGAACUCUUCAGCCAGAUCCUGAGGGCCAGCUACGAGUUUGACUCCCCAUUUUGGGAUGACAUCUCAGAAUCAGCCAAAGACUUCAUCCGGCACCUUCUGGAGCGAGACCCCCAGAAGAGAUUCACCUGCCAGCAGGCCUUACAGCAUCUUUGGAUCUCUGGGGAUGCGGCCUUUGACAAGGACAUCCUGGGCUCAGUCAGUGAGCAGAUCCAGAAGAAUUUUGCCCGGACCCACUGGAAGCGAGCAUUCAAUGCCACCUCCUUCCUGCGCCACAUCCGAAAGCUGGGGCAGAGCCCAGAUGGUGAGGAGGCCUCAGAGCGGAAGAUGGCCCGCCACAGCCACCCAGGCCUCCGGGCUGGCCAGCCCCCCAAGUGGUGAUGCCCAGAUGCUGAGGCCGAGUGCACUGACCCCCCCCCCAGAUUCCCUUCCUGUGGACCCUUUCCGUUCCCUCUCCCCAUUCUCCAUAUCCCGGGGCUGGCCUCUGCUGGAGAGUUUGAGAUGUGUGGGUGUGGCUCAUGAUACUAGGGUGGGAGUGGGGCACUCCUCAGGCUCUGCCCUCACCCAGGUGCUGGUGGGGCAUGUCCACAGGGGCUCCUCUCCCUUGUUGCUGCCACAACCCCUCUAGAAGCUGAAGAGGCUCCAGGGGCUGUCCCUCCUGCACGAUGUUCUGCGCUUUGCUGACUGUGGGUGGUCCAGCUUGUGUCGUGGCCCUCAAUCCCCGCUCCUCCAGUUUUCCCCAAAUCAAUAAAGACAGACAGAGCAA